AUGGCGGACAUUAUUCGUGACGCCGCCAUUGGGCAGCUCAUUCGCUGGGUUACAAAGAACCGAUAUCUCAAAUACCCUGAAGAAAGAGAUGAUUUCACCCUCCCGGAGCCCUGGGUCCAGCUCAUGAAUGGCGUCCCCCUCACAUCUCACAACACAUCUACAUCAGACGCCUCUACAGCCGCCGAGAAUAAAGAGACGGGCGGCAUCCUACGCACCCCGUCAAACGGCAGCACCCGCCGAGACGCAUCGCCACCCCCGUCUCGGGCCCCCAAGGAUGAGGAGCAGCCCGCAGAGCCCCGAACGCGGCAUUCAGAGGACCACCACGGCGGCUCGCACGAGCACGUACAGCACUCCGACCUGGGCGACAUGACGGCGCGGAGACUCCGCGAGGAUGAAGAGCACGAGCUCGAAAGGGUAAAGUCCAUCCCCAUCGUGCCCCAGACGACAAGGGACGGCGCCAUCCUCGUCGACUGGUACUACACAGACGACCCCGACAACCCGUACAACUGGAGCAGAAACAAGCGUCUCGCCAUCAACGUCCUCAUCUGCCUGUACACGUUCGUCGUCUACACCACGUCGGCCAUCUACACCACCUCCGAGGGCGGCAUCAUGCAGCGCUUCGGCGUCAGCGAGAUCAAGGCCACGCUCGGCCUGUCCAUCUACGUCCUGGGAUACGGCAUCGGUCCCCUCAUCUUCUCCCCCCUGAGUGAGAUCCCGUUGAUCGGACGCAACCCCGUCUACAUCGUCACCAUGUUCCUGUUCGUCAUCAUCUCCAUCCCGACGGCCUUUGCGCCAAACUACCCCGGCCUGAUGGUCCUGCGUUUCCUGCAGGGCUUCUUCGGAUCGCCGUGUCUGGCGUCUGGCGGUGCUUCUCUCGGUGACAUGUACAGCCUGAUGGCUCUGCCUUAUGCCAUGAUGUCCUGGGUCGCCGCAGCCUACUGUGGACCUGCCCUGGGCCCUCUCCUCAGUGGUUUCGCUGUCCCCGCCGAGUCCUGGCGCUGGUCUCUCUUCGAGUCCCUCUGGGCCUCCGCCCCAGUCUUCGUCUGCAUGUUCCUCUUCCUCCCCGAGACCAGCAGCGCCAACAUCCUCCUCCGCCGCGCCCGCCGCCUGCGCAAGCUCACCGGCAACGAGCGCUUCAUGUCCCAGAGCGAGAUUGACCAGCACAACCUGCACCCGGGCGACAUCUUCCUCGACGCCCUGAUCAAGCCCCUCGAAAUCACCAUGAAGGAUCCCGCCGUUUUGUUCGUCCAGGUGUACACCGCCAUCAUCUACGGCAUCUACUACUCGUUCUUCGAGGUCUUCCCCCUCGUCUACCCCGUCUUCUACGGCAUGAACCUCGGCCAAGUCGGCCUCGUCUUCCUCUGCAUCCUCGUCUCCUGCAUCAUCGGCGUCGCCGUCUACACCGCCUACCUCUACUACUACAUGAACCCGCGCAUCGAAAAGUUCGGCUGGCCCGUCCAGGAAGACCGGCUCAUCCCGGCCCUCCCGGCCUCCGUCGGCCCCACCAUCGGCCUCUUCCUCUUCGCCUGGACCGCCCGCGCCUCCAUCCACUGGAUCGUGCCCACCAUCGGCAUCACCAUCUACGGCGCCACCGUCUUCAUCGUCAUGCAGGCCAUCUUCGUCUACAUCCCGCUCAGCUACCCCAAGUACGCCGCCAGCCUGUUCGCCGCAAACGACUUCUUCCGGAGCGCGCUCGCUUGCGGCAGCGUCUUGUUCGCGCACCCGCUGUUCCACAAUCUCGGCGUUGCAAGGGGCACCAGUCUGCUCGGAGGGCUGAGCGUCAUCGGCAUCAUCGGUAUUUGGCUGCUGUACUUUUACGGCGCUAGACUUCGCAAGCUUAGCAAGUUUGCUGAGUCUGGAGAGAGUGAUGAGGAGCCUAUCACUCAGGAGAAGAAUUAG